UCACAAGUCUUCACCACGGACCAGUGUCUAGUUAAUAACCAGAACUAAAGUCGAACGUGGUUGAAUCCGAACACCAAAGUCAAAUCUCAAAGAAAUUAAAAACAAAUCUUCAAAAAUCCUAACAAAAAAGCUAUAAAAUUAACUGACAAAAAAUAUUUAAAAUAGUUUUUCAAGUAAAAUACAAUAAAAAAGACAAAAUAUAACAUUAGUUUUUUAACUUAAUUAUAGAACAUUAUUAGACCUUGAACCGCACGUACUGUACAAGUGUACCGAAAUAGAUCAAUUUUACUGUUAGAUAAUCAUCAAAAGACAAGUUUAUGAUCAUCUAUGAACAUUCUUGAUCAUAUAUCAAAACUUUAAAGUUCAAACGAGUUUAACGAAGAAAGUGGACCGAAUAAAAAUGCUAAAAAGACAAAGCAAAGAGAAUAAAAUGAAAGAAUUAAACAAAAAAAUUCAAAAAACGUCACUUCAGAAGGUGGAAAAAAUUCAUCAUCUUAGUUCAUCUUCAGAACUGACGUCAUCUUUGGAAUUAAAUUUAGCAAAAAAGCUUAUGCAGUCCAAUGCACCGCAUCUUCCUCUUGAGAUAAUUAGAGAUACCGUCUUGUAUUUAACAAGCUUUAAGGACAUCCUAUCAAUGUCAAUUUUAUCGCAAGAGAUAAGAAGUAUGAUCUUUGGAGUUCCGGAUGUUAUGAAAAAAAUCAGAAUUAAUUUUUCAAAUGAUAUUAAUUUUGAGGAUGGCUUGAUGUUCCUUAAAAUUAGAGGAAAAUACAUUCGAAACAUGAACUUUGAACCGAUUUGGGGGUCUUUGCAGUGCCUUAAUUAUAUUUGGAAGUUUGUUCCUAAUUUGGAAGAGCUUUCAAUCAAAACUUUUGAGUCUGAAGCUGAUAAAGUUGCGGCUGUGAUGAAUGAGAUAAAUAAUAAAUUGGAAUGUAAUAGGCAGGAUGUGAGUGACUUAACUGAUCUGCAAGGAUGUGGUAUAAACCUUAAAAAAAUAAGAAUCUUGUCCAUUGACGCCCUUGAAGUAGAUGACAAAGAAAUAUUGACAAAUUUGAUUGUUCAGCAAAAAAAUCUAAAGGAACUGACAAUAAACAUUGUGUCUGUGAAUGAUCCUGUGUUUCCAUGUCGAGAUGUCAGCCUAGAAGUUGCCUUCAAACUAAAGACACUAAAAUUAUCAAUUCCAAAUAUUAAUCAAGAAUUAUUCAUCAACUUCCUUAAUACUCAAACUCAGAACCUAGAAGAAUUAGACAUAAGCAGCACAACCAACCACAAAAUAUUCGAAUUUAUCUUCGAAAACUUUAAGAAUCUCAAAAAGUUCACCAUCGAUGAGAAUGGAAGUGACAUCAUCCUGGACAACAGAUUUCCAGACUUAAAACUAGAAAAUUUGAAAUAUUUUCACGAUAAGAACCAAAAUGGAACGAUUGUAAUCAAGUUAUUUGUUAGAUUUCCAAACAUAGAGACACUCAAGUGCUGUGAUACGAUGCAAGCUACAGGAACUUACCCAAAACUUACAACUUUAGACGUCAGUGAGGUUUAUUGGCCGAGAAUUAGGAACCUAAAGUUGCCAAAUUUGAAGAAUUUGUUCAUUAAAAAGAUCGACAAAUGUGACGAUGACUAUUAUUGGACACAUUUUGCUGCUAACUUCCUUAAUGUUGAGAACAUAACUGUCGAGAAAGUUGGAUAUGAAAACAAGGAUGUCCUGAGAUUCGUCAAAAAUCUAAAAUUAUUCACAAAGCUUAAAACCUUCAAACUUAGACAUGGAACUGCAGUCAAUCACGACUAUAAAUUAAAUGAAAAUGAGCAAGUUGAUGUUGAAAAUAUUUUUUAUAAAAUAUUAAUAGACACGACCAAGAAGACUGUCAAAUCAUCAAGUCAUAUUGUACAGAACAGUAAAAUGAUUCAAAAGACUUUACUCAAAACUUUUAAAGGCUUUAAAUUUUAUGAGUUUUGCUUUCCUCAAUUGAAAGUUCUUAGAAUUAAUUAUGUAAUUUAGGUUGGUUGGGGUGUUGCAAGGGGGGUUAAGAUGUUCUAAGGUUGGGAAAUUCAAGAGAAUUGGAAUAUCAGAGAUUUAGCAGUGAUUGAAAACCCAUGUGCUGCGGCACAUUAGUACGCUGCAAAAAAAAUUGAUAUAAAGUGUGCAAUUUUGGUCAUAAUUGCCAUGAAACAAAAAAGGUUGGACACCACUGAUUUAGAUGAGAUUUUGAAGGCAAUUAAACUUAGCUCACUUUUAAGGGGUAAAUUGUAAGGCUAGUAACCCAUAUCGAUAAUUUAAUCUAGGUUGCAAACUUAUGUCCCCCUCAAAGACAAAACUUAGCAGUGCUGCUCAGGGG